AUGACGGGACAAGUUAGCGUAGCCUUGUGCGCCGGCAUCCUAUUCAUGCAGGUGCGUGCCCAGCAGCGUUCAAUCGUCGUCGACCACACGCGGGCGAUGUUUGUGAAAGACGGUCAGCCGUUUCGCUUCGUGGCGGGUGAGAUGCACUACUUCAGAGUCCCGAGAGCGUACUGGAAAGACCGACUGUACAAAGUCAAGAUGGCCGGCCUUAACGCGGUCUCCUUCUAUAUCGAGUGGAGCGGGCACGAGGCGGAACCCCAGGUGUACAACUUCGAAGACAUGUACGAUCUCGACGCCUUCAUUGAAGAGAUCAAGCAACAGGGUCUCCUGGCCUUGGUCCGUCCGGGACCAUACAUCUGCGGCGAGAGAGACAACGGCGGAUUACCCUACUGGCUACUACGAGACAACCCGAACAUGGUGUACAGGUCCAGUGAAAUGAGCUACACGGCGGCAGUAGACCGGUGGUUCGGCAAGCUCCUUCCCAUGCUGAAACCACAUCUGUAUCGAAACGGGGGCCCCAUCUUUGCAGUGCAAGUCGAGAACGAGUACGGCCACUUGGGCAAGUGCGACCACUCGCACAUGGAGCACUUGUUGAACGUCAUGGAGUCUCACUUGGGCAAGGACUUGGUGUACUUCCGCACGGACUUUCCGGAAGCCUCGUAUUACGCCUGCGACAAGGUGCGCGACAUUGUGGUCGCCGGAAACCUACCGCCGCACUACAUAGUAGACUCUUCCUUCUCAGUCAUGAAAACGGCAAAUCCCAAGCCGGCGCCCAUGGUGGUGCUCGAGUAUUACACCGGUUGGAUGGAUUUCUGGGGCUAUUCGCACAACUACAAGACAAAGGACGUCAUCCUGAACACGUACAAGCUCAUGAUGACUCGCAACGCCUCGGUAGCCUUCUACAUGUUCAUCGGUGGUACAAACUUCGGCUUCAAAGCAGGCAAGAGCAUCGGUUACCCCAUCACGACCAGUUACGACUACGGGGCGCCUGUUGGCGAAGAUGGCGACAUCAGGUCCAUCUACUACGACAUACGUAACCUGACGACCAGUUACCUGGGUCACGUGCCCGAAGGAGACAUGCCCGGAAACUCGUCCAAGCUGAAUAUCGGCAACGUUCAGCUGAACGACUACAUAUCAUUGGAGGACAUGAUGAAUCACUUCCGAAAGAAAGGGUGGCUCGUGCAAAAGCAGGCGGUCGACCCGGUGUCAUUCGAAAAGAUGAAUCACAGCUCCGGGUUUCUGAUGUGCACCACUACAGUAAAUCUGUUCACUUAUGGCACGGGCUCACUCUGGUUUCCUUAUUUACGGGACCGCGCAUACGUGCGAGCCGGAGGCAAGCUCUUCACCUUCUACAACCACUACGUCAGUUAUGGGACCUACAAGUAUUGGGACACGAUUCCCGUUAAGAAAGCGGACAAACUCACCGUCCUCGUGGAGAACAUGGGAAGGGAGGACUACGGAUUGGGUAUGAACACCGACCUCAAGGGCCUCAAUUAUGCUUAUCUCAGCAGCAUCAAACUCGACAACUGGACCACAGAAGUGGUUCCCAUCAACAAGAACAGAGACAUCAGCGAGAUCCUCCGGAUUGUUCAGCAGAAGGGGAGUGGAACAACUCCCGGUUUCUUCCAUGGCACGUUCACUUUGAAAAAAGAACAGCAACCCGCUGAGACCUUCCUGGACCCGAGAGGAUGGAUUAAGGGUUUCGCGUUCAUUAAUGGCAUCAACUUGGGUCGCUAUUGGCCACCAACAGGACCGCAGGUGACGCUGUACAUUCCGGGUGUGUACCUGAGGCCUCACCCUGAAGAGAACCACCUGCUUCUCUUCGAGACCGAAGAAGCGCCAGCGAACCGCACAGUCAUGUUGGUGGACAAGCCAAUCUUAGACGCUGACAUCGCCAUACCAAGGCCCUGA